UCGCCUGUCCAGCCUUACUAGGCCGAACUGCUGGGGAGUCCGGCGUCAGGGGGUGCCACGGAGCCAGGGGGAACGGCGAGGCACUGGCGGGAGCCUCCUGGCGGUGCUCCCCCUACCUCCCACCUCCCUGCGCCCCGCCCCGAGCCUGGGGCUUUGGAGCAUGCAGCCCGGGAAAACAUUAACUUUUGGGCCACGUGCAGAAUAGCAUCAUCUACAUGGACAUUCCUUCCUCCUACCAUCUCAGAAAAUCUUUGAUAACAAAUUGAGAAAAUGCAGAUGAUCUUUCCAACAGAUGAAAUUGCCAAUACUCAAGCUUUUAGAAAAAGAAAGAGGAAAAGGACAGAGACAAUGAACUCAGAACAUGCAAAUAAUGACCUGGAUAAAGGACCGAGAGACCCAUAUUCGGGAAAUGCCUUUCUGCCCGGUGAGAUCUCCAGUGAGGAUGAUGAGCCCUUAGCAGAACUGUCUAAGGAGGAAUUGUGCACCAAAAUAAAAAGCCUGAAAGAAAACUAACAAACAUGAAAAGAAAACAGCGGACUUGGACAGUCUUUGGUCAUGCUUCAAGUGUUACCACAGGCAGUCACCCAGUUUGCAGAGCUGGUUGGUAUGGCAGAAGCCCUGCUUAAAGGUGUAGGAACCACGUCUACGUCUGCAUCCACCCUCUGGAGAGCAACAAACAACUCCUCCCCAGACUCAUUUACUUCAACAUGCAGUAACUCUAAUUCUAAUUGCAGUUCACCAGUUUCCUUGAAGGCUGAGGAAGAGCAUCAGGCUGAUAAGAAGCAGUUCAAGAUUGAGAAAUGGCAGAUUGCCCGUUGUAAUAAGAGCAAGCCUCAGAAGUUUAUUAAUGACUUAAUGCAAGUGCUAUACACAAAUGAAUAUAUGGCCACACACAGCCUGACGGGAACAAAAUCCUGUACUUCAAGGGACAAAGCCGGAAAACCAGCUAUGAAUCAGAAUGAAGUUCAAGAAAUCAUAGGAGUAACAAAACAAUUAUUUACCAAUACGGAUGAUGUUUCAAUUAGGAGUAUGAUAGGGCAAAAGCUAAACAACUGUACCAAGAAGCCAAAUUUAAGCAAAAAUCCUAACUCUCAGGAUAUUAAGUAGAUUAUUUUGGUAUUACAGGUAUCUGUAACAAAGCUCCUUCAGUUCUAAAUCUAGCAUUGGAUUUUGUGGAGAAUCUGCAACCCUCCUGGCAGUGAGCAGAGACAGACAUCUGCAGUGACAAGCUGUAAGACAUCGUAUCAUCACUGGGCUCCCUGAGGGACCAACAAGCUCGCUGAAGAAGCUGCAUGUUAUGUACAGGCUCUUCUGCCGCCAGCUCCAAGGCUCCUGCACUCAUAGAACGGCAGCAGCACCUCUAAAGCACAGAAGGACGUCAGGCUUUG